CUCUCGAACCCCUCCUGCCAUAGAAAACCUGCCGCUGCCACUGACCGAGACAACAAGCGCCGCCGCCGUCGCCGCCGCCGCUGCGCCUGCUCAUGUCGUCGCCGCUCCUGCCGAACGCUCUCUUCGCCGCGCCGUCUUCGAGGAGACUCUCCCCACCCCCGCGGCGCGCCCUCACCUCAGGCUGUCACUUCCGCGUGACCCUGUUCGGUUAAUCCCCUCACCAAAGGGAUUGAAGGGGAUUUUGACUUGCAAGGGAUUUAAUCCCUUCCAAACCUCUUCAAACCCUGCCUAACCGAACAAGCCCUGUAUUCUCCAUCCCACAGGAUCCCCUCACGUCUCUGUUUGGUUCAUCCAUCAUGGUAGUUGUGAUGGUUCCAGUGAUUCUCACUUAUAAGUUAUAAAGGUUCGACGUAUGGCGCUAACCUGAUUGCGCAAGCAGGGAACACCUUUGUAUCCUAAAAUUGAUGUUAUGCUAUGGGACUCAGAGAAGUUUGCCCUUGACUGAAAGAGUUGACGAAGAUAAUGGAUGGGAUUUAGGAUUCUUGAAUCAUCUGAAGCCAAACCUGCGAAGAGCUCACGGCUGGAGAAAAUAGUUGCUCCGAGGUGAAAGGGAAGGAGGGGCCAUGUCGGAGGCAGCGGGUGAGGCGGCAUAUGGCGCGGACAUGCCCGAGAGCCCGCUUCAUCCUCAGCCACAACCCAUCGUUGGUGCCCGCCUGGACGACGCCCACGAAGGUAACGCUUCCUAUUCUGCACCGCACUCAUCGUGUCCCACGGCCAACAACGGUGUUGUGCAUGUGCCUGCCAUGAGCGCGAGCUUUGAGCCACCCAAGCAGAAGCGCGGCCGCCCGCGGAAGUACACCCCAGAUGGUACCAAGCCGCCAGCUAUCUUCCCGGCACCAUAUCCUAUUGGUGUUGUCGCUUCCCCGACACCUGUUCUACCCCCGGGCUUCACGUUGGGAUUGUGGGGCGUAGGCGUCGUGAGGCCCCAGGCACCACUGCCGUCGCCAUUACCGCCACCACCCUUUGAGAAUUCAAAACAACGGGCCAAGAAGAAGAGGGUAUGGCCGCCGAGGUCCACAACCAGCAAGAAGCAGCGGGAGUUGGCAGUAGCAGAGCCAGAUGCGACUGGAUUCGUUCCUCAGGUCAUCACAAUCCAAGGUGGAGAGGAUGUAGCAGCGAAAGUCAUCUCCUAUUGUGGGAAUGGGUGGGCAGUUUGUAUCCUGUCUGCCGAGGGCGCUGUACGCAAUGUGACACUGAAGCAACCAGCUUCUUCCUGUGGAACUGUUAUUUAUGAGGGCUAUUUUGACAUUGUCUCUUUGUCUGGCGUGUAUCUGCUGUCAAAAAGUAAUGGACUGAGCACUCUAAAAGGUGGAUUCAGUAUUUCGCUUGUUGGUCAUGAUGGCUCUCUCUUCGGCGGUGGGUUAGCAGGACCUCUGAUUGCAGCUUCACCUGUUCAGGUGGUCUUUGGAAGGUUUGCCGCUGAUGAAAAAGAGGAGAUCAAACAGGAUGUGGCCAGUGGAAGGUUUGCAGCUGAUGAAAAAGAGGAGAUCAAACAGGAUGUGGCCAGUGGAAGGUUUGCAGCUGAUGAAAAAGAGGAGAUCAAACAGGAUGUGGCCAGUGGAAGGUUUGCCGCUGAUGAAAAAGAGGAGAUCAAACAGGAUGUGGCCAGUGGAAGGUUUGCAGCUGAUGAAAAAGAGGAGAUCAAACAGGAUGUGGCCAGUGGAACUCCAGGUGCUACUGCACCGACUGCUGCCCCGAAUGAAACCUCCAGUGGCCCAGGAAGCCCAUCAAACUAGAGUCCGGCUUGCACAUUCAACACAGAUUUCCUAUUUCCAGAUGCCAGUCAGCUUAAAUUCCUAGCUUUUCGCUCCUAGCUCCAAAUGCUUAUUUUUCCCUACUAUUUCCAGACGCUUAGCUUUCUGCUCGUACUUGUUGAACUUUUCAGUCUCGUUAUAUGUUGUAUGGCCCAUGCGUGUGGUCAAGUUAUGUUUUUGAACCUGAAUGAUGCUUCGUGAUAUUAUAGUUAAUGAAACAUUUCAUGGUCA